AGUAAGUGGUGCAUUGGAAUGGCUAAAGUUGCUGGUUACAAUUUCAGUCGCACCUGUCGCAAGCGCUUCUGGGAGGCGGAUUUCCAGGCCACGCCAACGGACUGGGCGACGGCGAGCGAAUACCUGCGGAGAAGACGCGCGAUACGAGAACCCUGCAUCUGCAGUACUGAUGAAAGGAUGGCAGCCGAUAUCCUUGAUCCAGGUUCUGGUCUCUUGUUUUCCGAUCGAUUACAGACCACUGUCUUGCAUCACCCAGAAGACCAACUCUUAUCGCAACGAGGCGUUAGAGAGCGACAGCCAGAUCGAAUAUUCGGUCUAGAGCAUACCCGAGUUCUCAAACAACUUCUACCGGACCCCGAGGUACUGCGACACAGCCCCUUCAAGGACGGCCACCUGUCGUACCCAUUCCUCAUCAUCGAAGCCAAGUCGGAGAAAGGCAGCCCGGGGUUCCAGUCCGUGGAAAGGCAGAGCGCAUUUCCCAUCAGAACGCUGCUCAAGCUGCAACUGGAUUUGCAGACAGUGCGCAAUGUCCCGAUAAGUCCGCUGGUGUGGUUUAUGGCGAACCAAGGCGAUGAAUGGCGAGUCUAUGCAUGCAUUGUUGAUGGGGCCAAAUACAGAAUCAUCGACAUAUGGCAUGGCUGCAUGCUGUCAUUGGAUAGUACACUCCAACUGCUGCUGAUAGCCGAUUAUAUAUGUGACUGGGCGCGAGAUAUCUUCCGGCCAAACAUCCUCCGCUGUCUUAGCGGCCGUGAUGAUAUCCUGCGCGAUGAGACGCCUGCAUCUGCUUACCGGGACAGCUUCGAUUUCACUAACAUGGCGCUCUCCACAUCGCAGCCUGAUGAUUCCACGGCGCGGAAUCUCAACUCCAUCACCAGACGAACGCAUAGCUUGUCUCUUGAUCCUUCCUUAGGUUCCAUCCUCACUAAUCCCUAUAGCCUCCCAUAUGAAGAAUCUGAUGGAAGCUCCGAUAAAGCCCUCUGCGAGGGGGAUUAUCGUUGCUUGCAAUUCUCCCAGGCGGAAGGUAAUCCGGUGCCGUGGAAACAACAUGCUACGAUCCGCCACUCAAACCUGAUUCUGUUCUCAUUCCACAUCCUCUCGAUCCCAGAAGAUCCAUCACAGAUUAUCAAAAUCCUGGAAUCGCUGAGCAGGUCAGAGCCAGGGCCACCCACGACCUGUGAGGACUUGCUCGAGCUACUCGACGACGACCAAAGUAUCACAGUGACCAUGAACGCAGUCUACCAACUAGAGACAGCGUGGACAGGGCGAGCUCACAAGCCGACGGCGCUUGGCGACUUCCCCGUUCGUGCCAGGGUGCUUUUCCACACCUACCUCCGAGAAGACUGGCAGAUCAUCCGGGAAAUCCACUGUAUUGCGGCUUCUCGAUUUGCCGUUUUGGCGCUGAUGCAGAUGGCCGGACAUCAUGGUAGGCCAUCAUAUCUGAGUCCGGGCCUCAUGCCCAGCAUCACCCUCGAGACUGAAAACCUGCGUGCCCUACGCUGCUUCUCGGGCAGUGCCUCCCUUGCCGGUGCCCUUUCAGCCGCGUAUCUCCGUCUAGCCACAGAGCCCUCGCCCUCGCCAGCGGGGACCAAUCCCCCCUCCGUGGUCUUCCAGCCUCUAAAUGAAAAUGAAAAUAGCCCCCUCUUCGACCUCGAAAAGAAGCUAACAUACAAGCAAACGUCAAACCCUACCUCUUCAAAACAAGAGACAGUCUCAGACGGCUUCGCCGCCCCCGCCGAACUUAAACGCUGCUCGGUGCCAACGCGGAAAAUGGACCGGACGGGCGCGGUGCUCAUCAAAAAGCCUUUGUCGUGGAGCGCGGACUCUCCUGCCUUCUGUCUUAUGAUACUAGAUGACGUGCCCUUGACAGACCUUCCUCGGCUAGGUCAAAGGUUGUCCGAGGUCUGCGCCGCACAGAAUAUCUACGUCACGGGAGCUGAAAGGGGGAACGACGGUCAUCCUUUGUCAGAUGUUGAUCAGAUUGGGAUUCUGCGUUGGAUAGAAAUUUUGUCCGGGAGAUUAUCUGAGGAUUCGCCGUGGGAAAUGUAAAACCUCUGGUAUGUAAUAUGGUAUAUAGACAACGUCGGAUAUAUAGUAUUUCUUUAUGCCGGUUCCACAGCCACAACUGCUUUCGUGAGCUGCUCUGAAUCCCGCCUCUCAUGAGCAUCACGCUGAACGAAGUUUCGAUACACCACCUGCGUAGAGUCAUGCCGUAAAGCAUAGAGAGCCGGUAGUAAACAGAGCCUAACCUCCAAGUUUUGCUGCAUGGAAGAGCCAUCAGCCUGCAACACGCCGCCCUGUAUUGUCUCUGCCUUCAUCUGCUCCGGCUCGAAGCGUGUUUGAGGGGGAUGGAGAACCGCUUCAAAUCGAUAACUGCGAGUUACGAACUGACAUUUGAUGUUCAAUGCCCGAUGGAAUAUUUGGAUGAUUUUAUCUCUUGUGGCCUUCCAGGUCUUCUCGUCCGCCCCCCAUG